GGCAAGGCCACCAAGGUGGGCAAGGACGAGCUCUUUGCCCUGGAGCAGAGCUGCGCCCAGGUAGUGCUGCAGGCGGCCAACGAGAGGAACGUGUCCACGCGCCAGGGUAUGGACCUGUCGGCCAAUCAGGAUGAAGAGACUGACCAAGAGACUUUCCAGCUGGAGAUUGACCGUGACACCAAAAAGUGCGCCUUCCGCACGCAUGUGGGCAAGUACUGGACGCUGACGGCCACUGGGGGUGUGCAGUCCACAGCCUCCACCAAGGACGCCAGCUGCUACUUUGACAUCGAGUGGCGUGAUCGGCGGAUCAUACUGCGUGCAUCCAAUGGCAAGUUUGUGACAGCCAAGAAGAAUGGCCAGCUGGCUGCCUCGGUGGAGACAGCAGGGGACUCGGAGCUCUUCCUCAUGAAGCUAAUCAACCGGCCCAUCAUCGUGUUCCGCGGGGAGCACGGCUUUAUCGGCUGCCGCAAGGUCACGGGCACCCUGGACGCCAACCGCUCCAACUACGAUGUCUUCCAGCUGGAGUUCAGGGAUGGUGCCUACAACAUCAAAGAUUCCACGGGCAAGUACUGGACGGUGGGCAACGACUCCUCAGUCACCAGCAGCAGCGACACCCCCGUGGACUUCUUCUUCGAGUUCUGCGACUACAACAAGGUGGCCAUCAGGGUGGGCGGGCACUACCUGAAGGGGGACCACGCCGGGGUCCUGAAGGCCUGCGCUGACACCACUGACCCCGCCACGCUGUGGGAGUACUAGCCCCCGCCCGCCGCCCCGUCCCCACCCUGCCCAGACCCCUCCUGCUAACUCUCUUCUCCACGUGGGCUCCGCCGCAGGUGGCGAGCCCCUUGCCUUUCAAACUGGAAACCCAGAGAAAACGGUGCCCUCACCCGUUGCCCUAUGUGGCCUCCCCCAGGCAGGUCAGCGGCUGUGGCCUGACCCUCGGAGGGAUUUCAGAUCCCGCUGCCCUCUCUCCUCUGCCCUGGGCGAGGCUGGAACCUUUCUUCUGACCUCAGAUGACUCUGAGCCUUAUUUCCCUGAAGAGGCCAAGGAGAAGUGUGGGGCUGGGAGGCCUUCCCAAGCCCCUGGGUGUGGCGGGGUGUGUAACUGGAAUCUCCUGUCCUCUCCCGAGAGCUCCCAGCCCGCAGCUUCCCAGGAGCCAAGCACUUGCCCCAGGCCUGUCCGAGGGUGGCCCUCCUGGGGCACCAUCCCUGCAUUGGGGGAAAGC